CUGUCUUUGGGACGGAACCGUCUCACAUUCAGCCUUAUGUAUCAUCUUGCAAGGUUGACUCUGAAAUCUUAUUUACAGAGAUAGGAAUAGCAGGUGCAUCGAGGAAGGGCUCCCCUCUAUCUAGUCGGUGUGUGUGUUUUGUGUCCUUUUGUCUGUGUUAUGUGUUCCAGAAGAGCUGUGCAGCGUUUUGCAUGAGAGAGCGAGCAGACAAAGCCGGCCGGCGAGCAGACGCUGGCGUAAAGGAUGUGUGUUGGAGACUGGGGACCAGAAUGUAGGAAUUUAUUACCAGCAAGCUYUCUGCCGACAAAGCUGCUUCUUAGACACCCGGAGAGGAUCGGAGAGGGGGAUGCUGUCUCCCUCUAACUGGACUGUGACUGCCCUUUGUCUGCUCCCACCUCUCUAUCUCCCUCCUUGCCUUCUGGAUCUGGGAGUGAGGAUGUGAGCGACGAGAGGAACAAAGAGAGGAGGUCACAUUCUAACCUUCUAACCUCAAGACCUGCUGCUGGAAAUACAUCUAAAAAGGAACAACAUGCUCUGAGAGAUUCUCUCUCUCAUUUUUUCUCUUUUUUCUCCUCCUCUUCCUCCCUUUCUUCCUCCUCCUGUUCCUGUGUCGGGUUCCUCCGUAGAGUCACGGUUCCACCAUGUCCUUGGCAUUCUGUGGAAACGAGAACAACUCGUUGGCGUACAACGUGGACCGUGGCGUCCUCAACAACGGCUGCUUCCUGGACGCGCUCAACGUGGUGCCGCACAUCUUCUUGCUCUUCAUCACUUUCCCCAUCCUCUUCAUUGGCUGGGGCAGCCAGAGCUCCCAGGUGCACAUCCAUCACAGCACCUGGCUGCACUUCCCUGGUCACAACCUGCGCUGGCUCCUCACCUUCGUCCUCCUCUUUGUCCUGGUCUGUGAGAUUGCUGAGGGCAUCGUCUCCGAUGGGUUCACCCAGUCCCUCCACCUGCACCUGUACAUGCCUGCAGGCCUGGCCUUCAUGGCUGGGAUCACCUCCAUCAUCUACUACCACAACAUAGAGACCUCCAACUUCCCCAAGCUACUGCUAGCUCUACUGUUCUACUGGGUCUUGGCCUUUCUGAUGAAAACCAUCAAGUUCGCCAAGUACACGGAGCACGGCAUCRGCCUGAGACAACUCCGCUACKGCAUCACAGGACUCCUGGCCCUGCUCUACGGACUACUACUGGCUGUGGAGAUCAAUGUCAUACUGGGCAGGCGCUACCUUUGUUUCACUGAGGCUACAGAGGUGAAGCUCCAGGGGACCUGCAGGACCUGGGGGGUGAGGUUCUGCAGCCCUUCGUCACUGCUGUCCAAGGCCACCUAUUGGUGGAUGAACACAUUCAUCACAGCAGCCCACCGCCCCAUCGACCUCAAGGUCAGCAAGCUGCCCAUCGCCAUGCGAGCCCUCACCAACUACCUGAAGCUCCGCAGGCUUUUCGAGAUCGCAGAGAGGCCUCUGGGCUCUAUGCCGCAGGGCCCUAAGUGGAUCUGGAGGGCCCUACGCCAGGCGUUUGGACGGCCCCUCAUCAUCAGCAUCACCUUCCGCUUCCUGGCUGACCUGCUGGGCUUCGCUGGGCCCCUCUGUAUCUCUGGCAUCGUCCAUCACAUCAGCAAGGACAACCGCACCAUACAGCCCCCGAUUAAGCUACUGGGGGUCUACUUUAUCUCCUCUCAAGAGUUCUUGGCGAAUGCCUACGUGCUAGCCGUGCUGCUGUUCUUUGCCCUCAUCCUGCAGAGAACCUUCCUCCAGGCCUCGUAUUAUGUGGCUAUCGAGACCGGCAUCAACUUACGAGGRGCUAUACAGACUAAGAUCUACAAUAAGAUCAUGCGGCUGUGCACCUCUAACAUGUCCAUGGGAGAACUGACCGUAGGACAGAUUUGUAACCUGGUGGCCAUAGAUACCAACCAGCUCAUGUGGUUCUUCUUCCUCUGUCCCAACCUGUGGGCCAUGCCAGUCCAGAUCAUUGUGGGGGUGAUUCUACUCUACUACCUCCUGGGGAUCAGUGCCUUGAUCGGGGCCACAGUCAUCGCUGUCCUGGCCCCUGUCCAGUACUUUGUGGCCACCAAGCUGUCCCAAGCACAGCAGAGCACUCUGGAGUACUCCAGUGAGCGGUUGAAGAAGACCAAUGAGCUGCUGCGGGGCAUCAAGCUGCUGAAGCUGUACGCCUGGGAACACAUCUUCUGUCACAGUGAGGAGACCAGGGGCAAGGAACUCAACAGUCUGCAGGCCUGCCUAUACACGUCCAUAUCUAUAUUCAUGAACGCAGCCAUCCCUAUCGCAGCUGUCCUGACCACGUUUGUGGUCCAUGUGCACAUCUCUGAGGAGGCUGACCUGUCCCCUGCUGURGCCUUCGCCUCCUUGUCCCUGUUCCACAUCCUGGUCACUCCUCUCUUCCUGCUCUCCAGCGUGGUACGGUCCACRGUCAAGGCCCUGGUCAGUGCCCAGAAGCUGAGUGAGUUCUUCAGUAGUGAUGAGAUUGGAGAUGAGCAGGAGCCCAAUGCUACCAUGCCCACGGGCCUAGCAACCUGCAACCUAGCAACUAGCAACCACAAAACCAUUCCCUCCAGCACCAGAAACCACAACAGCAAGUACCAGGCAGUGAUAAGCAGUGGGUAUUUCACCUGGACAGAUGGGACUCCCACCCUGUCUAACAUAAACAUCAAGGUUCCCUUUGGUCAGCUGACUAUGAUCGUGGGCCAGGUGGGUUGUGGGAAAUCGUCCCUGUUGCUGGCAGCUCUGGGAGAGAUGCAGAGAGUCUCUGGGACUGUCACCUGGAACAUUUUGCCCAGCCUGGACUCAGAGGGAAAUGACAGCCCCACAUCAGACAAAGAUGCUGCUGGUGAUGGAGAUAUCCAGAAGAGAGGCUCUGUGGCCUACGCUUCCCAGAAGCCCUGGCUGCUCAAUGCGACGCUAGUGGAGAACAUCACCUUCGAAAUGCCCAUGAUCAAACCCAGGUACCAUGCUGUCAUUGAGGCGUGUUCCCUGCAGCCGGAUAUCGACAUCCUGCCACAGGGAGACCAGACGGAGAUUGGAGAGAGGGGUAUAAUUUUGUCAGGAGGGCCGCAGCGUAUAGGUGUAGCCAGAGCCCUGUACCAACAGACAUCGGUGUUGUUUCAGGAUGACCCGUUCUCAGCGCUGGACAUUCACCUGAGUGACCACCUGAUGCAGGAGGGCAUCCUCAAACUCCUGAGAGAAGAGAAGAGGACUGUGGUGCUGGUCACUCACAAACUACAGUACCUACCACAUGCUGACUGGAUCAUAGCGAUGAAGGACAGCACCAUUCAGACCGAGGGGACUCUGAAAGACAUCCAGAACUCUGAUCCUAAGCUGUUUGAACAGUGGAAGACCCUGAUGCACCGGCAGGACGGGGAGUUUGAGAAGGAGACAGUGGCUGASAGUAUGACGGUGUUGGAGCGUAAGAACCUGCGGAGGGCSAUGUACUCCAAGGAAGCUGCCAASACUGAGGAGGAGCACGAAGAAGAGUCUGUGGAAAGUGAGGAGGAUGACAGCCUGUCCCAGGCCAUGCGUCACCGCACCACCAUCCCCUGGCGCUCCUGUGGGGUCUACCUGUCCUCUGCAGGGCUCCUCCUGCCGCUGCUCCUCCUAUCACAGCUCUUCAAACACACCCUCAUGGUUGCCAUCGACUACUGGCUGGCCCACUGGACCUCCCACGUCAUCACUGCCAAGAUGGACGCCACCGGGAGAAACUGCACCGUCGCUCAGGUCAGGGGAGUGUGGUUCAGCCACUCGUGGUACCUGUCAGUGUUCAGUGUGCUGUGCUGCUUGGGCAUCGUUCUGUGUCUGGUCACCUCUGUGGCCGUAGAGUGGACAGGCCUGAGAGUGGCCAAAGAACUACACCACAACCUGCUCAGCAAGAUCAUACUGGCACCUAUGAGGCUGUUUGAGACCACUCCCCUGGGCAACAUCCUCAACAGGUUCUCCUCUGACACCAACACUAUAGACCAGCACAUCCCUGCCACCCUGGAGUGUCUGAGUCGCUCCACCCUGCUGUGUGUGUCGGCGCUGGGGGUUAUCUCCUAUGUGACCCCUGUGUUCCUCAUUGCCCUGGUGCCCCUGGCCAUCGCCUGCUACUUCAUACAGAAGUACUUCCGGGUUGCCUCCAGGGACCUCCAGCAGUUGGAGGAUAGUACCCAGCUCCCUCUCCUGUCCCACUUCUCAGAGACAGUGGAGGGCCUCACCACCAUCCGGGCAUUCAGGUACGAGUCCAGGUUCACACAGAGGUUAUUGGAGUAUACUGAUGCCAACAACAUCUCCUCUCUCUUCCUCACAGCAGCCAAUCGCUGGCUAGAGGUCCGCAUGGAGUAUGUAGGAGCCUGUGUUGUUCUGAUAGCAGCCGUGGCCUCCAUCAGCAACUCUCUGUACAACCACCUCUCCACUGGCCUGGUGGGACUAGGACUCACCUACGCACUCAUGGUAUCUAACUACCUGAACUGGAUGGUGCGUAACCUGGCAGACAUGGAGGUUCAGCUGGGUUCAGUCAAGAGGAUCAACGGCCUGCUGAAGACUGAGCCUGAGAACUACGAGGGACUGAUGGAGAGAUGGAGAACCGGUGAGAGGGACAGUGAGAGCGAGACGGACCGGACGCCAAUAAGAGAGACAGUGAGAGGAGAGAACAGGGGAGAGAUUCAGAUCCAGAACCUGAGUGUGCGUUACGACACCACCCUGAAACCUGUCCUCAAACAAGUCAAUGCACACAUCAGCCCUGGACAGAAGGUGGGGAUCUGUGGUAGGACAGGAAGUGGRAAGUCUUCUUUCUCCUUGGCCUUCUUCCGCAUGGUCGACAUGUUCGAGGGGCGUAUCAUCAUAGAUGACAUUGACAUCGCCAAGCUGCCUUUGCAGACUCUGAGGUCUAGAUUCUCCAUCAUCCUCCAGGACCCCAUCUUAUUCAGCGGAACCAUCCGGUUUAACCUGGACCAGAGGAUGAAGGCUACAGACGAUAUGCUGUGGGAGGCUCUGGAGAUCGCUCAGCUCAAACCUGUAGUCAAGACUUUACCAGGAGGGACUGACGCCAUGGUGACGGAGGGAGGGGAGAACUUCAGCCAGGGCCAGAGACAGCUCUUCUGUCUGGCCAGAGCCUUCGUCAGGAAGUCUAGCAUCCUCAUCAUGGAUGAAGCCACAGCCUCUAUAGACAUGGCCACGGAGAGCAUCCUGCAAAAGGUGGUGAUGACUGCCUUCGCUGACAGAACAGUGGUUACCAUAGCACAUCGUGUCCACACCAUCCUGAAUGCAGACCUGGUGAUAGUGAUGAAGAGAGGGAUCAUUCUAGAAUACGACAGACCCCAGGCACUGCUGGAGAAAGAGGACAGCGUCUUUGCCGCAUUCGUCAAGGCAGACAAGUGACCAAUGAGGAAGAGGGAGGAAAUUCAAAGUGCAUUUGAAGAGCUUAUUUCCAAAACGCUAUAUCUACCAACUUUUAACAUUUGUGUUUUUUCAUCAGAAAUGAUUGCCUAUGUGUAUAU